UCCACCGGCUGCCUGCCGAAAGUGUAUGUAUGUCUCUGUGUGUGCGCGUGUGUGUGUGUUGUGUGUGUUGUGUGUGCGUGGGAGCGGAGCCCGGUGGACUGAAGCGAGCCACAGAGGCAGGCUCUAACUCCAACCCAAUGAGCUCGCAGCCCUCACACUCACACACUCGCUUCACCGCCGGCUCUCGCUCCGAACCCCAGGACGCGGCAGGAGACGGAGGAGAGAGAGGCAGCGAGUGGCAGAGAGGGAGAAGGGAGUAAGAGAGGAGAGAGGCAGAGGGAGAACACCAUGGCUUCAGAUCCGGGGCUGGCCGCGAUGCUGCUGUGGACUAUAUCACUACAGGUCCUGGUUACCGCGGGAACUAACAGCAACGAAGUGAACCUGCUGGACACAACGACGAUCACAGGAGACUGGGGCUGGCUCACGUAUCCGUCACACGGGUGGGACGCCAUUAACGAGAUGGACGAGUUCUUCACCCCCAUCCAUACGUACCAGGUCUGUAACGUGAUGAGCCCCAGUCAGAACAACUGGCUGAGGACGGCCUGGCUCCCCCGAGACGGAGCGAGGAGGAUCUACAUCGAGGUCAAGUUCACCCUUAGAGACUGCAACAGCAUGCCCGGAGUACUAGGCACCUGCAAGGAAACCUUCAACCUGUACUACUACGAGUCCGACAGAGCCGUGGGCCCGGCCGUGCGGGAGAACCAGUUCAUUAAGAUUGACACCAUUGCUGCUGACGAGAGCUUCACGGGGGUGGACCUGGGAGUCCGCAGGCUCAAACUCAACACCGAGGUGCGAGGCGUGGGCCCCCUCAGCAGGCGGGGCUUUUACUUGGCCUUCCAGGACAUCGGCGCCUGCAUCGCGCUCACCUCCGUGCGGGUGUACUACAAGCGCUGCGUGGGCGUGAGCCGCAACCUGGCAGUGUUCACCGAUGUGGUGACGGGUGCCGACUCGUCCUCCCUGGUGGAGGUCAGGGGUCAGUGUGUGGACCACGCCGAGGAGAGGGACACGCCCAAGAUGUACUGCAGCGCGGAGGGGGAGUGGCUGGUGCCCAUCGGGAGGUGUGUGUGCUCGGCCGGAUUCGAGGAGCACAGAGACUCCUGCGUGGCCUGUGAGGUAGGAUUCUAUAAACCGGUGGCGGGCGAUGGCCUGUGCGGUAAAUGUCCUCAACACAGCCACUCGGAGACCAGGGCCGCCCUCUCCUGCCCAUGUGACUCCAGGUACUACAGAACAGCAGAUGACCCCUCAGCGGCUCCAUGCUCCCGCCCUCCGUCUGCUCCAGUAAACGUCAUCUCCUCGGUCAAUGGUACGUCGGUCAAUUUAGAGUGGGACCUCCCCCUGGACACCGGAGGCCGAAGCGACCUCAAGUACAGCGUGCUGUGUCAGAAGUGCGUGGGGGAGGGAGGGCCCUGCGAAGACUGCGCAUCCUCCCCGGGAGGCGUCGGUGGUGGGAAGGCAGGCGGAGGGGCGAGUGCCAGCGUCGGUGGGAUAGUGGAGCGCUUGGGAAGCGCAGCUGUUCGAUUUGUUCCACGCCAGAGUGGGCUGACAGGGCCCUGGGUGACGGUGCUCAACCUGGUGGCUCACACCAACUACUCCUUCCGCCUCCUCGCCACGAACGCAGUGACGCACCUGAGCAACGAGCCGUCGCCUUACGCCCUGGUCAACAUCACAACGAACCAGGCAGCCCCCUCUGAAGUGAUGGCGAUCCGGCAGGAGAACGCCAGCCAGAACAGUGUGAUCCUGCUGUGGCACGAGCCUAACCAGCCCAACGGAGUCAUCCUGGAGUACGACAUCAAGUACUACGAGAAGGAGAAUGAAGCACACAGUUACUCCACUCUGAAGUCAAGAAACACCAGUGCCCGGGUAUCCGGGCUGAAGCCCGGAACCAAGUACAUCUUCCAAGUCCGGGCCAGAACGUCGGCGGGCUGUGGGCGCUUCAGCCAGAAUGUGGAGAUCCAGACGGGGAAAGCAGCUCCUCUGCGCUACAACACCAUGACCAUCAUCUGGAUCUGCAUGGCCCUGGUGUCCGGCCUGGUCACCUUCAUGGCCAUCAUCAUCUGCAGGAAACGGCAAGGCUACACUUUACCACACUACCCAUCGCUGCUACACUGUGGCUACAGCAAAGCCUUCCAGGACUCUGAUGAGGAGAAGAUGCAUUACCAGAACGGUCACGUGUCGUUCCCCGACGCGAGGUUCUAUAUCGAUCCACACACGUACGAGGACCCCUGCCAGGCGGUCCACGAGUUUGCCCGAGAAAUUGAAGCUUCCAGGAUCAAAAUAGAGAAAAUCAUUGGCUCAGGGGAGUUCGGGGAGGUGUGCUAUGGACGCAUGAGACUCCCGGGGAAGCGAGACAUCCCUGUGGCCCUGAAGACCCUGAAGGCGGGAUACACAGAGAAGCAGAAGAGGGACUUCCUGGCAGAGGCGUCCAUCAUGGCCCAGUUCGACCACCCUAACGUCAUUCGCCUGGAGGGAGUGGUCACUCAAAGCAAACCGGCGAUGAUCAUCACAGAGUACAUGGAGAACGGCUCUCUGGACUCUUUCCUCAGGAGGCACGAUGGCCAGUUCACCAUCAUCCAGCUGGUGGGUUUGCUGCGCGGCAUCGCGGCUGGUAUGACCUACCUCUCUGACCUGGGCUACAUCCACAGAGACCUGGCUGCCCGCAACAUCUUGGUCAACAGCAACCUGGUGUGCAAGGUGUCUGACUUCGGCCUCUCCCGGGUGCUGGAGGACGACCCAGACGCCGCAUACACCACCAGUGGCGGGAAGAUUCCGAUCCGCUGGACGGCCCCCGAGGCCAUAGCCUACAGGAAGUUCUCCUCCUCCAGCGACGUGUGGAGCUAUGGCGUGGUCAUGUGGGAGGUGACGUCCUACGGCGAGCGCCCGUACUGGAACCUCACCAACAGAGACGUGAUCAAAUCGGUGGAGGAGGGCUACAGGCUUCCCGCCCCCAUGGGCUGCCCCGGCCCUCUGCACACGCUCAUGCUGGACUGCUGGCAGAAGGACCGCAACGAGAGGCCGCGCUUCUGCCAGAUAGUCACCGUUCUCGACAAGCUCAUCCGCAACCCGGAGAACCUCAAGUCCAUGGACGCACUCUGCAGCUUAAAUAGUCCUCCACUGAUGGACAGAGCUAUCCCCGACUUCAGUAGCUGUAACUCAGUAAACGACUGGCUGGACACUAUAAAGAUGAGCCGCUACAAGGACCACUUUGCAGCAGGUGGUUACCAAACUCUGGGACACGUUGUGAGCAUGAACCAAGGGGACAUCCAGCGGCUCGGGGUGACACUGAUGGGCCACCAGAAGAAGAUCAUGACCAGCGUCCAGGUGAUGAGGGCGCAGGUCCUCAACAAGAGUGUGCCGUCCGUGCAUGUAUAACCCCCCCAACAGCAAGGUUUCGGUCUGCUACAAAUCCAGAAACCCAGGCUUCAACGAGGCCCAGGGGGUCUGCGUGGGAUUUAGGAUGAUCUGAUGAAGGGGAGAGGAAGAUCCACAGGAACUUUGCAAGACUUUUUAUCCCCAAUGAGAUUGAAGAAUAAAACGUGAAAAGUUGGUGCGAGCAUAAAACAUGACUUUUUGGGACAACUCCUUUUUUUAAAUUUUCUUUUUUUGUAUCCAAGCAUAUUUACUGAGUUUAAAUGUUCUGUUUAUAAAUGGAAAGACUGCCUUAAUUACCACAAAUUAUUUAAAUUGUAUCGCCAACGGAGACGAGAUCAUUUAUCUGCCUGGAAUUUAUGAGAGAAAUAUGACUUAGUGAACCAGACAAUAUUACAGGGAGCUAUUUAGAAGGUGGGGAUGGGGACGGGGAGGAGGGGGGUUCCAAUAUUCUGAUGACACUUGCCACCUCUCCUGCAGCACAAGCUGGAGGAGACUUGAUGCCCAGAAUGGAGCUGGAGGCCCAGAGAAGUGGAGAAAAAGUGAGAUAGCGCUCACCCAAGUUGCCAGAUCGUCUCCAUCGGCGGAGAAGACCUAUUUCACCCCAGGCUAUUAAUACCAACAUAAUACCCAUGAUGAAUGACCCCAGGAGGGGCCCCUGAGCCCGUGCGCGGCGCACAACUGCUGUACCCUUAAGAUGUGUGUGAAUCAGUUACAGUGCACUUUAUUCUACAAUCCUUCUGUGCUGUGGACGCUCUGCAGUUGUGUCACAAAACCCCUCUCAGCCACAACUGGUCCCAAGGUGCAAAAUAGCUGUUUAAAUAUAGUAUGACCUAUAAUGAUGACUACUAAAGUAUAAAACCCAAGAAGAGAAAUAGCGUAGUAAGUUACUCACUCAUGAGAUUUAUUUCCCAACAACUAUGGGAGGAAAGAAAAUAUGUUUAAAUUAGAUGCAAUAUAUUUGCCGCGAUAAAUUCUGCAUCUUACUUAUUUAUAAGUAUGUUUCUUUAGCUACCUCUUAUUUCAGAUUAAAUCCAAUUACAGCGUUUAAUUUCAAGAACAGCAAGUCUAUUUCCGUUGUGGGUGUGAAAGCUCAUUCUUGACCUUGCGAAGAGCAGUUGGAUAAAUCCACCUUUAAAGGUGCUCUAUAAUGGCUUCAGAGCACUAAUAUAGCAGCAAACAACACACGGUGGAGAGCGUUCUCCUUGCUUUGUUUUCACAGCAGGGUGGUCCUGCAGGGUGCCUCAGAAGGGAUUCUAAGGGCCGGCACUCUGCACCGCGCUGUGGCGGUGGUCCGCCAUCUCACCUCUGUGCUCGCUGUUUGCGCCGUUGGAUUCGUUAGCACCGUUAGCUUCUAGUUUCGGAGGUAACAGCUGAGCUCGGAUUUCUGAUUUUAGAACCUUAAACCAGAGGUUCACUUACAACCACUUUGACAAAAAGCAGAGCAUGUUUUUUAGUGUGCAGGUGAAGACUGAAGCUGGGCAGAAGAACCCUCAGAAGCAGCUAGUAGGAGGACCCUCAGUUAAGGUUAGUUUGUAAAACUUUUAGUCCUUUUUUGUUGAUCGACUUCAAAUAUAUUUGAAACUACUAAAAUAAAUUAUUAUGUAUAUGUCUAUUGCAAAUGAAUCUAUAAUAUAUUAUAUAAUUCUCAAGGCAUGUCAGUCUACAUGCUUUUUUUGAUUACCUCCAGAUGCAGAAAUGCAUCUUCAUUCAGCUUAAAGUUGUUUGGAAGAUCCUGUAGAUUGAAAAGGAAUUUUAAAUUAUUAAUCUUCAAAAAAAACAUCAGUAAGUUGUAUUUUGUUUUUGCCACAUAGCUAGCAGCAAUCUCAUUUAAGCUAAGCAGCUGGUAUUAAACAUGGAUGUAUAAAGAGAACUGGGUACAGCGUUUUAUUCCAAUAAAAGAUGUAUUCUGGGGCUUGAAGCAAAUAUUUAAUAGUUCAUAUUAAAUAUAUACUAUUAUAAAUAAAUAUGGCUAUUGAAUAACCCAUACCUUCCGCAACCAUUGAGUCCAUACUGCUGUGCUCACAACCGUCAACCUCGGCCACAAGAACAACAGUUUGCAUGCUUGAAGCAGGACCAACAAGAAUCCACUGAUCCUAUUUAUGAACUAAACUCAGAAUCAGGACCAGAAAAACAUGCCAAAUCCAAUCUCAGCCGACAGAUGCAUAACUAGAGCUGUGCCUUUGGACACAUUCAGGCUUUACGGCAUGCAGCCCAUGAAUGUAUUAGAAGGUCCUAAAACUGACAGGUCAGAGCUAAUAUAUUGAUCAUUUUCUCCUACAGCUAACACUAAGCCGAUCAAGCCGAUAUGAUAUAUGAGCAUGCGGGUUGGAGCAGUCCCGUGGGUCGGAUGGGCAUUCGUUUUGCCAAAUGAAAUAACAGGGGAUUUGGCUUUCUCUGUAUUUUACAACUUGUAGGACCUAAUCAUUUAAAUAAGGGCUAUUACAGUGUUUGUACUAGAAAGUUAAGUGUUACACGCAUCUUUUCCCCAAUGUAAUUCUAUGGGGAAAAUGAUGGACACAGAAGUUGUAACUACAGGGUUUUGCCAAUAUAUCCUCUCUCUCUUUAUACAUCCAUGGUGACGUUGCUAAAUGUAACUGUAGAUGCUAUCUCACGCUCCAUUAUGGUUUUGCUAGGUGUACAACAGGAGGAGCACGAUUUUCCUACGCACAUUUUUUGUUGUUUAACUGCUGCUGAAAUAUAAAAUAAAAUGUCUUUGAAGAACCAUCAGCUGAAGAAGGCCGGUCAUAAUACCCGUCAGCUGAAUUUCGGUGCUAACUGAACGUCAUCAGUUGGCCGCCAAUCUCCCGACGUUGGCUCUAUUAGUCAAAUUUGACUGUAAUUCAUCUACAACUAUUUGUAUCAAAAUGUAUCUUUCAGUGGCUCAAUACUGCCAAUCUCACAAAAGUGUGUACAGCGUUUUCAUAUUUCCAUAAAAUGUUCCUUAAAAAUGCCAAUUAAUAGCUUAAAUAACCCCAAAAGAAGUCUUUUUUUAACUUUCAACCAAAAUUUGGCAUUUAAAAUGAACUAAAUUGUUCUGAAAUGUGUCUAAUUUAGUGGGUAUUUGGGGAGCAACGUCAGCCCAAAUAUAAUUCAUUGCAAUACGUUUUUUUCUUUUUUUUGAAUGCAGGGGAUGUAGCACACAUGAGCUACACAGACUGUAAAAUAAAGUGUUACUUCUGAUUAAAUGUGAUCACGCUGUUCUGCCUCAGUGUUGAUGAAAAAUUGACAAAGAACAUGUAAGUAGAAAGUUUGUAUCGAAACGCUCUCUAGAGCAUAAUAAGCCUGAUUUAUACCCCCCCUCGCCCUCCCCCCCCCCCAUCUUUCCCCUCCUCUCCCCCUCUGUGUGCCAUAAAGAGAAUGACCUUUUCUUGUGCACUUCCGUAGGUUUUCCUUUAGAUGAUUGAUGUCAAUUUUUAUUAAAGAAAAGCCUGAUGAUGUUUCUUGAUCAUGUGUUAUAGUGGCAUUUCACGGUUUUAAAGAUUUACCUUUUUCUCUAGGAUGCUUUUGGAGACACUGGACCCCAUAUUAAGUUAGGAUAUGUUUUUAAUAAAUGAACUGAUUUAUAAUGUAUACAGCAAAUUCAGUCACUGGGAGGAAAAACUAGAUAAACAACCACAAUUAUUCACAUCAUUAUUUAUUCAUGCCCAUUUGUUAUUUCCAAAUAAUGCAACUUUGAGAGUUUUUCUUACGAUUGAUGAAACAUCCUUGUUGCUAAUGAUGAACCAUAAAUGUGCAAACUGUCCAUAAAAACACAAUAAAGGAACGUUUUUCUGUGGGA